GGCGGGGCCUCGCGUCCGCCAGAGCCGCCGGGUUGUGGGGGGCGGGCUCGGGCGGAACCAGGGUGGGAGCCGGGGGCCCGCGCCGCGCUCUCCACUGAGUCUCCCGCAUCCGCAGGGCCCGUCCGUGGGCAGCGGCUUUGCGGGCUUGGAGUUCGCUCUGCCGCAGGAGCCGCAGGCCGCGAACCUAGGGACUCCAGGGACUUGGGCGGGGGCGGCGGCGGGGCGGCGGACGCCUUCGGCGCAAAUCCCCGUGCCAGCGCAGAGAGCCCCCUCAGGAAAAGCCCGGCUGGACGAGGUCAUGGCUGCCGCAGCCCUUACCAGCCUGUCCACCAGCCCCCUCUGUCUGGAGGCCCCAGCUGCAGCCUUCAGCCCAGAGCCCAGCCUGGAGGCCUGGAAGGAGGGUCUGGCACGGCCACCAGGCAGCUACAGCAGCAGCAGUAACAGUGGAGACUGGGGCUGGGACCUGGCCAGUGACCAGUCCUCUCCAUCCACCCCAUCGCCUCCACUGCCCCCUGAGACAGCCCACUUUCUGUUUGGGGAGCCCACCCUGAGGAAGAGGAAGAGCUCGGUCCAGGUCAUGUUCCAGUGCCUGUGGAAGAGCUGCGGGAAGGUGCUGAGCACGGCAUCCGGGAUGCAGAGACACAUCCGCCUGGUGCACCUGGGCAGACAGGCGGAGCCAGAGCAGAGCGAUGGCGAGGAGGACUUCUACUACACAGAGCUGGACGUUGGUGUGGACACGCUGACUGACGGGCUGUCCAGCCUGACUCCUGUGUCCCCCACAGCCUCGAUGCCUCCGGCCUUCCCCCAUCUGGAGCUGCCAGAGCUGCUCAAGCCCCCAGCCCUUCCCAGCCUGCUGCAGCCUCUGGCCCUGGCCCUGACCCCGCCUCCCAUGCUCAGCCCUGUAGCUCCCCCACAGGUGUGCCACAGUGACCAUGCCUACCAGGUGGGUGAGGCCACAGGUGGUAGCUGGGAGCAGGUCUCAGGGCGCUGUGGAGACGAGCAAGGUCCAGGCUGCAGUUCCCCCCAGGACUUCGUGGCACCCAUCCACCUGGAGCUGCGGGCCGCUGAGGCCCGGGCCUGUGCGCCAGCCCUGCCCUCCAAGCUUGGUGCCAACCUAAGGAAGCCCCGUGGCGAUGCCAAGAAGUGCCGGAAGGUGUAUGGCAUGGACCACCGGGACCUGUGGUGCACAGCCUGCCGCUGGAAGAAAGCCUGCCAGCGGUUCCUAGACUGAGCCCCACCCACUGGUGCUGCUGCCCAGCUCCCACCCCACCUCAGCCCAAGGCUGGACAACUCUAGGGGUGCCCCCAGGUCUAGCCCUGUUCUGGCUCUAGGGUCUUACUUUCUCCUUUGGGAGGGACUGGGGAGUUGUUGGUCCUGGACUCCCAGGGGUGUGGCCGGGGUCCUGCCACUCAAAGUGCCUCUGAAGAAACCAGCUUUUUUGCACUAAAGCCAAACCAUACCGCUGCCCCCUUGGCCCCAGGGGUACUGCCCCCCUCCAUUCCCCACAAAUCUGUCAAGGACGUCGAUGGGCCCAGCUGCAGGGGCCAGUCUGAGAUGCACUUUGAGGGGUGUCAGGGAGGGAACUCUCCCACCCGCACAUUUAAUGUGAUGGCUCGAGGGCCCUGGGGCUGAUGUUUUACCAUAUUCGUGAAGCUCAGGUGUCUCACGUCUGGGCCGUACCAGGUGAGAAGAAUUAAACAUUUGGGGUUUUUCCAGAA